ACAGACUAUGUCGGCCUCCGGGGUUGCAUUAUGCUUCGUUUCACAUUAUCGCUGCCGAGAUUCAAUAAAUUCCUGCACUGCUACAAUGCGGAGUGAGAUGUGGUGAUGAUGGCAAGGGUAGAUGGGUGGUUGACAGUCGUGGGUCGUCCUGAUUCGACGUCUGCGACUUCCCAAUUGAGUCUUUGCUUCCCGUUUCUUUUUGGCACGGUCGAAGCGAUCGAAAGAGGGACAGCGCUUACUAUGGUACAAGCAGGCGCUUGUCGCGCUUCCUCGUCGGGGCACGGACUGUUCUUCCUAGCGAGUCUUAGCAAGGGCACUCCGGUGUGGUGGGAGAUUGGAAGGAGCCAUGGCCACUCCGCUAUUUCAAGUUUGCAACGCCUCGCUGCAGGCUCUGAGCUCCACUCAGCAGUCUUGUCCACGAUUCUACUAGCAACCAAGCACCACCAAGGUAACCGUUUUAGACGAUUGAUCAGUCCACACCCUUCUUCAUCAGGAUCCAGAACGUAGCAUCGCGAGAACUCUGAUUCAGCCGCUUUCUCACCUCAGCACUAACUACCUGGUAACAGUGGUACGGUGGUGCCUACAUGUAGGGCACUAGAGGAGACGGGAGCUAAAGCUGAAGCUUGAGCACCUUACACAGCACAAUUCGGCAUGGGAUGGAGUCGCGAGGGCUGCAACAUAGGCGAGAUCA